AUGGCAACAUACCAAGGAAUCCUGUUACACCUCAUCUUCUCCCUCCUCCUCAACCACGACCGGUCAGAUCUGCAAUUGACUCAAGUUCUCCCCGAGAUCCCUUCACGGCUUCUCGUGUCCCUUGUGCGCAGCUGCUUGAAGCGCCACAUGUUCUUCUACCCUUCGAUACUGGCCCAAUUCAAACAAGGCGUUGACCCCGAUGUUUUUAUCUGGCUUGGUAUUGAGGAAGUCAAGCGUUUUGACUUGUGCUUGUACAGGGUAUGCAGACAUGCCCGGGUAUGCGACACAGCACACUUAGAAGACAGGUCCAAUUUGAGCCCUCCGUGUGGACCACGAGCACCAGGUGGAAAACUUCUUCUUCUAAGUGAUCUGCAAUUCGCGGUGCCAGACAGUGAUGAGCUCUGGCAUGCUACUUCAGACUUGGCUGCCAAACUCGCAGGAAACCAAGCCCCGUAUACCAAUGAGAAUAUUGAAGAGAAUUGGAUUUCUCAGACUGCGCGAAUUUUGCAGCCCCAGGAUCAACAAUUUCAGUGGAUAUUAUGA